CAGUCAAGUUAGAGGAAGAACCGGACGAAGAAGAGCCGUCAAUUCAAUGUAACGACUUGUAACCAGUAACUAUUUGUAUCGCACUUAUUUUAAUUUGUGCUGAGUACACCAAAAUGAAGACGGUUUUGAUGGUGGCAGAAAAACCUUCCCUGGCUCAGUCAAUUGCCAAAAUUCUUUCUAAAGGAACUUGUACAAGCCGAAAGGGGCUCAAUGCAUCAUGCUUUGUGCAUGAGUUCACUGGCAGCUUCCAAGGCCAAACAGCACGUUAUAAGAUGACUUCUGUUUGUGGACAUGUGAUGAGCCUGGAUUUCAUUGCUAAAUACAACAACUGGGAUAAAGUGGACCCCGCAGAACUUUUCAGCAAAGCUCCAACAGAAAAAAAGGAGGUCAACCCCAAGCUCAACAUGGUGAAAUUCCUCCAGGUUGAGGCCAGAGGCUGUGACUACUUGGUUUUAUGGCUGGACUGUGACAAAGAAGGCGAGAACAUCUGUUUUGAGGUUAUGGAGGCUGUACAGCCAGUGAUGAAGGGGGUCGUUUGGGAGCAGACCGUUUACCGUGCCAAAUUCAGCUCCAUUACUGACACUGAUAUCUGGAAAGCUAUGAAUCACCUUGGAGAGCCCAACCGCAAUGAAGCCCUUUCAGUGGAUGCACGCCAGGAACUGGAUUUACGCAUUGGUUGCGCCUUCACUCGGUUCCAAACCAAAUAUUUCCAAGGAAAGUAUGGAAAUCUGGACUCUUCUUUAGUAUCAUUUGGACCCUGCCAGACCCCAACUCUUGGCUUCUGUGUGGAACGUCAUGACAAAAUCCAGUCCUUCAAACCAGAGAACUACUGGGUUAUACAUGCGAAGGUGUUCAAAGGGAAGGACAACCCAUUGACCCUUGAUUGGAAUCGGGUAAAGGUCUUUGACAAAGAGGUGGCCCAAAUGUUUGUGAGCCUGGCCAAAACAUCCAAGGAAGCCCGGGUGGAGUCAGUGACUAAGAAGGAGAAGACUAAGCAGAGACCUCUGGCUUUAAAUACUGUCGAGAUGUUGAGAGUGGCAAGCUCUUCCCUAGGUAUGGGUCCCCAGUACACUAUGCAGAUUGCUGAGCGUUUAUACACACAGGGCUACAUCAGCUAUCCUCGGACGGAAACGACCCACUAUCCAGAAAACUUUGACCUGAAGGGAACCCUGAAGCAGCAGAUCAACUGUCGUUUAUGGGGAGAGGAGGUGAAAAGUCUUCUAUCAAAUGGAAUAAACCAUCCCAAGAAAGGAGUUGAUGUUGGCGAUCAUCCACCUAUAACUCCCAUGCGUGCUGCCUCAGAAGAAGAAUUGGGAAGUGAUGGCUGGCGCCUUUAUGAGUACAUCACAAGACAUUUCAUUGCCACAGUCAGCCAGGACUGCAAGUAUUUGCAGACAACCAUUGUUUUCAGCAUUGGAACUGAAGCUUUCACCUGUAGUGGAAAAACCCUGAUCUCACCAGGUUACACAGCUUUGAUGCCAUGGCAGGGCAUCCCUCUUGAAGAAGCCCUGCCUGUCUGUGAAAGUGGAGACAUUUUUACAGUAGAUGAGAUCAAGUUGGUAGAAAAGCAGACGAGUCCUCCAGACUACUUGACCGAGGCUGAACUCAUCACUCUUAUGGAGAAACACGGCAUCGGUACGGAUGCCAGUAUUCCUGUCCACAUAAACAACAUAUGUCAAAGAAACUAUGUGACAGUCGAGAAUGGACGCAAGUUGAAGCCGACCAGCCUGGGAAUUGUCCUCGUACAUGGCUAUUACAAGAUAGAUGCGGAGCUGGUACUACCAACCAUUCGCAGUGCUGUUGAAAAGCAACUCAAUCUAAUCGCACUUGGUAAAGCCCACUUCCAGCAAGUACUCCAGCAUGCAUUGGAUAUCUUCAAGAGGAAGUUUCACUAUUUUGUGGAUUCCAUAUGUGGCAUGGAUGAAUUGAUGGAAGUCUCCUUUUCACCAAUUGCUGACGCAGGCAAGCCAAUCUCUCGCUGUGGCAAGUGCCGUCGAUUCAUGAAAUUCAUCCAGGCCAAGCCCAGUCGACUGCACUGCUCCCACUGUGAUGAGACAUAUAGUCUACCUCAGAAUGGAGCCAUCAAGCUAUACAAGGAGCUUCGCUGUCCACUGGAUGACUUUGAGCUCCUGCUGUGGACCUCUGGUACCCGAGGCAAAAGUUACCCCCUGUGCCCCUACUGCUUUAGCAACCCGCCUUUCAGGGACAUGAAAAAAAAUGUAGGAUGCAAUGAAUGCACCCAUCCUUCCUGCCAACACUCUCUCAACUCUUUGGGUAUUGGACAGUGUGUGGAGUGUGACAGUGGAGUUUUGGUGCUGGAUCCAACUUCUGGGCCAAAAUGGAAGAUGUCCUGUAAUAGAUGCAACGUCGUCGUACAUUUCUUUGAACAUGCACAUAGAGUGCAGGUUGCUCAAGAGAAUUGCAAUGCCUGCGAUGCCUCCUUGGUCACUGUAGACUUCAAUAAAGCCCGCACUCCACUGCCUGCCGGUGAGACCCAACACACCGGCUGUGUUUUCUGUGAUUCAGUCUUCCAGGGUCUUGUGGAACUUAAACACGCUACCAUGAGGCACCCCAUGCACCGAGGUGGAGGUGCGAGGCGAGGACGAGGGCGAGGCAGGGGACGUCGUGGCCCCCCAAAAAAGCCUAAAGACAAAAUGGCUGAAUUAGCAGCGUACUUUGUAUAGCAGUGUAUUACGUUAUUGUAUUUUUUUUGGACUGAACGUAGAUUUGCACACUGUGGGUGUGUUACCUUUGCAACACACUAACUCGGUGAUUCUCAUCCGGCUUGUUGAGACCAAAAAGUGGCUCAGUUACCGCUGUAUUUACUGUUUUUUUAUUUCAUUGUUUUAUAUUCAUGUCUUAGGUGUGUUUUUCGUACAAAUAUUUACUGUACUUAAGAGGGCCCGACUGAGAGAU